CAUAUCGUGAAUUACCGGUAGCUGUGUAAAACCCAUAAUUCUGAACGUUAACCUCGAACCAAAACCUAACCUGGCUAGUUUCCUUUUCCCAGAUAUGACGUCGCAUGUGUUCACAGCCAGCACAUAGAGGGCUAGAACUGAACAGCAUUCAAUGUACAGUUCAAAGGGCUAGAGCGAGGAAUGGGCUGAUGAGACACACCAAGGUGCAUACACAUACCCUGGGUGAAGUGGAAAUGUAGACUUUGCCACAUUGUUCUUGAGGACAAGAAAAUGGAUCCUUUUGCAGUAGCAUAUAGGCUUAAAGCUGAGGGUAAUGAAGAUUUCAGACAUGGACGGUAUACAGCAGCAAUCAGAAAAUAUGAUGGUGCUUUGACCAUCCUGGUAAAUUGUAAUAAUCUAAGCUGGCCCCUCGAAGUGGCCAUAUUGUUUUGUAACAGAUCAAUGUGCUUUUACCAUCUUCAACAAUGGCAAGAAGCGUUUUUCUCAGCUCUGCAUGCCAUUGAAACAGACCCCUUUUUUAUAAAGGCAUACUACUGGGGAGGCAGUGCCUUACUUAAAAUUGGGAACAUUGAUGGAGCACUUCAGUAUUUUCAUCAAGGCUUGGAUUAUAUAAGAGCUGAUACCCACAGGGAUUUCGUUGCAGACUUAAUUGUUGGGAUUGUCACUACUGAAAAGAGGAUAGGGGGUCUGUUUUGUCAGGUUCUUGAAUCAGUGUUACACAAAAGAUACAGCACAGACAUAUGGAAACUAGUUAUUGAAAAAAUAGCCAGGAAAAACUUAUGGCGGGAUUUGCAUGUUUUAAUCCAAGUGGGAAUGAACCAAUUACCAAAUGAUCUCAGUGCGUCUCAAAUUUCCAUGAAGAGCCUCUUUGAGCAACACGUUCUUGAUACACAGAGCCAGUACUACAAAAUCGAUUGGUUACCACUGUUAUUCAAGUGGCUUAUAAGCCAUGGUUCCAGCAUAGAGAGUAUUGGUAAUUUCCCACUUCAUACCAUUAUGGUGCUGUCAAUCAAAUCAGGGGAAAGUGAACUGAUAAAGAUGGUGCUCACUCAAAAACCAGCUCUCCUACACCGGAUCAACGAGCAGGACAGCAAUGGCGCCACACUUUUGCACGUUGUUGCUUCUUUUCGGAGUGAUCGAAGAUACUCGCAGAAAUGCCAGACGGAUCAUGUAGAGAUGCUGCUGAAAAUGGGAGCUAAUCCAAACAUUGCUGAUAGGCAAAAAAAACUAGCAGCUGAUUAUCUAAAGAAAAAUAAGAACUUCAAAGCUGUGGAAGCAAUUAAGAAGCAGACACCCAGAGUCACCUUGCAGGAAUCUGCAGCUUCUUUUUCAUAUGAAGGAGACGCAACCACCAAUGCUAAGAGCAUGACCUUUGAAGAAGCAGUUGCACGCUUUGCUCAGUUCUGCACGGCGAAUAAUGAGAAACACAUUCAACAUUUGCUCGACAGACCAGAAGUGCAUCCCCUCAUGCAGCACCUUUCCACAUGUUCAGAAAUUCCUCUUGAAAUCAUUUGCGAUGUAGACGUCAGCUUUGCAAAGAGCUUUGUCAAGCAGAGUCUUGAAAGGAAGAAGUGGCAUGAAACUCUCCUGGUUCUGACGGGUCGAAGUGAUGAACUGAAAAGAAAAGGGGGAGGCCUCUUCCCUACCUUCAGCCUUUCUGACCUGAACCUGUGCCACUACAUUCCUCAUUUCAAGUUUGAGAAACAGAGAAUCCCACUUGUUUCCUGUCUUCUUGAAAAAGGAGCCUCUCCAAAUCGAUACGGGGCAGCGGAAGAAUCGCCACUUGAGCUUUGCUUUAAGGGGGAAGACUAUAAAAUGGCACAUCUUCUGCUUGAAAAGGGGGCCAAUCUGCAGGGUGUUUCUAUAUGCCCUGGAGAUACACCUCUUCAUGCAGCUCUUUACAUUGCUUUGGAAAAAAAAGAUGAGUUUGGCUUGCACAUUCUGAAAUAUCUUCUUGAAAAGUACAGCAAAGACACAACUAAGUAUGCCUGCCUGGACCCAAAUGUACAAGACAAUGAAGGCAACACGUUACUACACAUCAUCUUCCAAACAAAUUACUCUCGGCACCUUGAAGAAAUUAUGGAUAUGUUGUCAAAGUUUGAUAUAAACAUAAAAAUAAAAAAUAAUCUCAAGAAGGAGGCAACCUUUAAAGUUAGUGGGAAGGACCCAAGACUACUAUACUGGAAUAAAGCGCAGAUGAAAAACAAAAAAAAACAGGAAUCCAAUCUCAAAUCUCAACGCUCAAAGCCAGUCAAAUCCCUGAUCAACAGUAAAAAUUCAAAACCAAAAGCAACACCUGAGAUGGGAGGAGAAGACUCAGUAGGGAAACCUGAAAGUUGUGGGCAGGUCCAGCCAGUUGAAGAGGAGUGUAAACCUUGUACAGUCAGGGAAAGCUUAGUGUACGAGAUAGAGACAAUGAUUCAGCUUGUGGAGUGGGCAAGUGCUUCUACCAAUGCCGGUGCCUCGGUUUCUAAACCUUCAAAAGCAAAAGUAAUGCUAGAACAACCCACCUGCACGUCGGACAAAGCUGGGAUUCCUGAGAGCUUUGAAGAGUCUGCUGUGAAACCUGGUGUACUGGAAAUCCAAGAGGCUGAGCCAGUGGUGGAAGAAACCCAGCCUUAUGAAAUACCGGAGGAAAAUUGCCUUCAGUUACUGGACAUAGACAACAUGACGUGGGAGAUCGAAUGCACAUCUGACGUAUUGAAGAAGAUCGCCAGCAAAGAUGUUUCGCUGAACAUGAAAGCAAAAAUUGUACAAGUCAUUCAGCAGCUUGGAAAUGGCGAAUGGACGUCAAGUCUUCAGAAGAAACUCAAGUAUUCAAAUAGUGAAAUUAAACUCUAUGAAGCCAAGCUAGACAAGGGAGCGAGGAUGUUAUGGGAACUUGCAAUAGACUUCUCUCCCCGCUGCAGUGAAAAUCCAGAGAAGAUUAUCGAGACAGAGCAGUCCUCUCAUAGUACAGACGGGGCCACUGGAAAGGUUUACAGUGAAAUGAUUCGAGUGUGGGAUAUUGUUACUGACCAUGACAAACUCAAGCAUGCCAUUAAUGUAAUCUGCCAGGCUUUCAACCGUGGUUCAUCAUGCAUCUUGAAGAAAAAGCUCAAAGGCCUAAACAGAGCUAAGCUCUCAUCAAACCUCAACACAGAGAAGUGCAUUCCACUUUGCUAUGUGGAAUAUGUUGACAGUCACAAUGUGGAAGAGAAUAAGAUUGCAAAAUAUUUUCCACCAGCUAGUGCAGUGGAAACAGAAUACAAUAUAAUGAAGUUUCAUAGUUUCAGCACUAACAUGGCACUCAACAUUAUCCGUAACAUGGACACUAAAGUCGAGUACCCUUUCAGAGUCGGGGAAUUGGAAUAUGCAAUAAUAGACCUCAAUCCAAAGCCCUUGGAAGCAAUCAUCUUGAUAGGGAGAAGUGGAACAGGUAAAACCACUUGUUGCCUUUUCAGGCUGUGGAAGCAGUACCAGAAAUACUGGGUAAAUGCAGAGCAGGCUGGCGAGCCCUUGCUUGGUAAACCAAUGUGGCAGAAAAGACAGCCUGUCCAAGAUCAUGAUGUAGACACCGCGAAAGCGAUAGCGGUGGUUGCAGCAAAUGAAGCAGGAUGUCCGAGGUCUAGAAGUGAUGAGAGUGACACUGCAUCAAGUGAAGACGAAGAUGAAAGCAGCGACUCUGCUUGCUGUGCAAUGAUUUCGGUAUGUGAAGAUGGCUUGAAACCAGAUGUCGAUGAUAUUGAUCAACAAGAAUCUACCCAACUCGAGCAUUUACAUCAGGUCUUUGUUACCAAAAAUCAUGUUUUGUGCAAAGAAGUACAAAAGAACUUCAUUGAGCUGAGCAAGUCCAUGAAGGCCACCAGCCACUUUAGACCACUAGAACCCAACAUAUACAGGCUGCAGGAUAUUCAAGAUGAGCACUUCCCACUCUUUAUCACUUCCAAACAAUUUCUGUUACUCCUGGAUGCAUCAAUGCCUCACCCUUUCUUUCCAAGAAAUCCGGAUGGCAGCCUGAAAAGGAAUAUUGUAGGUUGGUCUGCUCUGGACGAUCUGAUCCUUCCAGAAUUGAUAGAUGAUGAAGAGGAAGGUGAGUUUGAAGAUGAACUGGAUGAUGAAGAAAAGGUCACAGAAAUUCAGAUGAAAGAAACUGACCCACGCCUCUUUGUGACAUAUGAUGUUUUUUCUUCCGAAAUUUGGCCUAAAAUGGUCAAGGGCAAACAUCCCUGUAACCCAGCUUUGGUUUGGAAAGAAAUCAAAUCCUUCUUAAAAGGCUCUUUUGAGGCAUUCAACAGUUCUGAUGGUAUGCUUACGGAAGAAGAGUACAACAAAUUAGGAAAGAAGCGAGCCCCAAACUUCCAGGAGGACAGAAGUGAAAUUUAUCGUCUCUUUCGUCUAUACCAGCAAAUCAAAUCACAGCGAGGCUUCUUUGAUGAAGAAGAUGUUCUGUACAAUCUGUCCCAGAGGUUUGCAAAACUUGAUGAGAUAUCGUGGUCAAUACAUGAGCUUUAUGGGGAUGAGAUCCAAGAUUUCACCCAAGCUGAGCUUACACUUCUCAUGAAAGUCAUCAAUGACCCUAACGCCAUGUUCCUUACUGGAGACACAGCACAGAGCAUAAUGAAGGGAGUCGCCUUUCGGUUCAGUGAUUUGAGAUCAUUGUUCUACUAUGCCAGCAAAAGCAACACUGACAAAAAGAAACGCUUCAUUGUCAGAAAACCGAAAAGGAUUUAUCAGCUGUAUCAGAACUACAGAUCACAUUCAGGGAUUCUGUAUUUGGCAUCUGGUGUUGUGGACCUACUUCAGCAUUUCUUUCCUGAGUCAUUUGACCGAUUGCCAAGGGAUCAGGGACUUUUCGAUGGACCCAAGCCCACACUAUUGGAGUCUUGCAGUGUUAGUGACCUGGCAAUUUUACUCCGAGGGAACAAGAGGAAGUCACAGCCCAUUGAGUUUGGGGCUCAUCAGGUGAUACUUGUAGCCAAUGAAACAGCAAAAGAAACCAUUCCUGAAGAGUUGCAUUUGGCUCUGGUUCUUACAAUCUAUGAAGCCAAAGGUCUGGAGUUUGAUGAUGUGCUGCUCUAUAACUUCUUCACAGAUUCUGAGGCUGGAAAAGAAUGGCGAGUGAUCUCCUCAUUUAACCCUUCGAAUAUCCAAAAACCUGAGAGUGGGACACUUGCAGAGGUACCACUGGAAGAGACUGAUAUCCCACAAAGCAGGCCUCUGGAGUUUAAUGCUGAUCUGCAUAAGAUGUUGAAUGGAGAAUUAAAACAGCUGUAUACAGCAGUGACCAGAGCGAGGGUCAAUCUAUGGCUGUUCGAUGAAAACCGAGAGAAGCGCAGACCUGCUUUUGAAUACUUUAUCAAACGAAGAUACGCCCAGGUUGUCAGAACAGAUGAGAACACAGAACUUGAUGACAGCAUGUUUGUUAAGACGUCAACACAGCAGGAGUGGGUUGAAAGAGGAGACUACUUUGCAAAAAAUCAGUGUUGGAAGGUUGCUGCCAAAUGUUACCAAAAAGGAGGGGCAGAAGACAAAGAAAAGCUUGCUCUGGCACAUGAUUCCGUUCUCAAUGUGCGCUCUAAGAAAACAAGUUCCAAGGAAAUGCAGCUGGAGUACUUACGGUUGUCAAAGAUUUAUCUGGAGUGCAACGUACCAAAGCUUUCCAUGAAAUGCCUAAAAAAUGCGAAAGAGUUCCGACUCUGUGCACAGUUGUGUGAGCGGCUGGGGAAGAUGAAAGAUGCAGCUGUGUGUUACAGAAAGGCAGGCUGCUACAGAUUAUCUGCCAAGUGCUUUGAAAAAGCCUGUGAAUUUGACUCUGCAAUAAAAACUUAUUGCCGGGCUGAGUUAUUUGACGAGGUUGCAGAGGCUUUGGAAAGGUAUGAACAGAAACCUGAGAUCAAGCUUCCAUACACCAAGGAUCAGUUUUAUCUGGAAGCUGCAGUAAAGUACCACAAAGAGAACAAUCAUGCAGCAAUGAUUAAAUCUCUUUCAAAGCUAAACCCUGAUGACCAGCUUGUCUUUUUCAAAAGACACAAUUAUUUGAAGGAGGCUGCUGAUGUGUUGAAGUCACUUUGUCGUGAGGAAGAGGCAGCUGUUUUAAUGAGAGAACAUGGUAACCUGAUAAAAGCUGCAGAACUUACAAACAAAAUGGACUUCCGAGCAGAAUGUUUGCUUGCUGAUGCCCGACGGAGUCUCUCCAACGUGACUUGGGAAACAAGCCUGGAAGCAUCAAAAGUGGACAGAAUAAAUGAGAUGCUAGAGGAAGCCUUAAGGUUGUUUGAUGACACAAAUCAAGUAUAUGGUGCAGCAGAAGUCAAACUCCUAUGUGGGAUAUUGAUCAAGAACUCAAAGAAUGUUGAGGAUGCUCUCGAGUUGUUUGUGAAUGAGGGGCAUAGUGCCGGGGCAACAGAAGCCCUCUGUUUGAUGCUUCAACUGCCCCUUUCACGUGUAUCAGCUUUAAGACUGUAUUUGAAAGGCCUGGAAAUGCUGUUGCUUUUAGUCAAAGCACUUGAAAAGCCUGCAACGAAUGAAGAAAAAGAGAUGGUGAAAUCUUGCUAUGACUUUUAUGGAAUCAUACAGGUGGACAGCAGUCAGUGUCGGAUCCCAAAGAAUGAAGCCGGAAGAGUUCUGCAGUUUAUGUUUGACUGUGACACAGGCCUAAAAGACAAGUUGACCUCCGAAGAUACCUAUUACAGGUUGCAAACAAGUGAUUUAAAGUUUGUAUUGAAGAGCCACUUAUUGAGUAGACUUUGUGACAGCGCAGAGAAAAUAAAAUCACAAGGGCAAAAUGUCCCAGACGUUUGCUUCAAGUACAUCAGUGGACUUCAGUGCAAAACAGAAGGUUGCACAGAUAUCCACAGGCCAUUACAGAGGCAUGAAGCUCAGCAUGCCAUCCAGUCAAAGGUUUAUCUUACUGCCUUGAAUGGGUUGCUACUAGAAGCUCAAAUGUUGUUCAAAAAGAGUACUUUCCCUGAAGUAGAUAAAAUCCUAAAUAUCUUGACAGGAGACCCAUAUGCUUUGUGUAAAUCUCUUGUGAACACCGUUUUCCCAAAGCAUUUCCACCAGCGAGUAGUGUCUGACAAUGCUGUUGCUUGCAAAGUGGUCCUGAGUUUAACUCGGAACAUACCAUUCAGACACUACAAGUCUGUACUCAGAGAGUACAUUACGAAGUGUUUUGAAAACAAAAGUGACUGCGUCAAGAGAGAAUGUACUGAUCUGUGGCUGGAGGCUACAAAGGUUUCCAUUCUAUUUUCUGAAUACCCGAAGUACGUUGAACUUCGCCUUAAAAAUGAGGAGUUCCGGUAUAGGGAUGAACUGAAGAAGCACCAGCCAAAAGGCAACAGAGUGCCAGGAUCACGUGGCAUGGUGACAACAGAUAAAGGUGGCAAGGAGCACAUGUGUUUCUUCCAACUUCUUUUGCUUUCAAUGCAGGAACUGUAUCACAAAGAAAACCCUGAAACAUGCAUUCACGCAUUCUAUCGCUUUAUGAAUGUGCCGGUCAUGAGAUGUUCAGAAACCUUGAUUCCAGAUAUUGGAAACACUGUCAUGUUAAUUGAGUUUCAGUUUGUUUUGGGCUGUGCAGUCCUGAUGAGAUUCUGCAAAAACCUUACUGUGUGUUUGCCAAAGAGUUACAUCGCUCUUCUCCACUUCUGGGACUUUAUGUUCAAAGGAAAAGAUGUUUCUUCUAUCAUUCAUUUCUUCCACCCAAUAGACACCCAGAAAACCAUAUUCAAAAUGAAGAAACACCUUUCCUAUCUUGCUGGAGUAAUGUGUGGUGAGAGAAAUGAAAAAUUCAAUGUUUUGCAGGAUGCAUUUGAGUCAAGAUACACUGCUUCAGGGGAAACUGAGAGAACAGUGGUCUUGUGUUUGGUGAUGUUGGUGAAUAUUGAACAAGCCUUGGAUUUGGAUUCUAGAUGUAGAUAUUUGCUACGGGAGAAUUUCAUCACAGCAGCAAACAAACUGAAGACACUUCAAGAUAAUGAGCCAAGCCAAAUUUCUGUGAGGCUGAUAAAGAUUGUUGAAAAGGUUAAUGUUUCAAGAAGUAUCAGAGAAGUUGUCGAAAGCCUUCAGGAGUUGUUGAUAGAGAGGGAUGAUGAGUAUCUUCAGGACUGCAAGUGGGACAAUAGUUAUAAGGGUAUUUGUUUUCAGAAAGUCUAUCUUAAGAGAUACUCCGAUGCACUGCUACCUGUGCAUUUAUCACCACAACCCCAAAGGGAUGAUAAAGAAAAUGAGGAACAUUUUGAAGAAGAGGCAGACGAAACGUUGAAGGUGGAGCUGCAUAGAAAGAACAUCCAGCACAGAUGGAGGGAUGUCAUUGGAAAAUGCAUUUUGUUGUGCAGGGCAGUAGCUGCAAUGCAAGCAAAGCCAGAACCCUCACACCCUGAACAUUUCAUGAAAGCUGACAUUGAUAGAACACAGUGUGAUCUGUGUGGUGUAAAGUUCCGCAAAAACAUGAAGAAACAUUCAGAAGAACAAAUGGAAGAUGCCCAGGAUGAUGAAAGUCUUUCCACUGAAGAAAAGGAAAUACCUGAAGACAACGAAAUGUGUGACAAGGAAGACUAUGAAACCCAUCUCUCCAGCACAGAACAUAAACAGAAGCAAAAGGACUAUGAGAAUUACCUGACUUAUUUCACACAAUCUGUGGAUUCUUUAAUUACCAAAUCCAAAACCAUUCUUCACGAUCUAGAGGAAGGCACAAAAAGCAACAUUUCUGCUAAAGAACAGUCAAAAACUGUGGCAGAAAAAUUGAAAAGCUGCAUUCAAAACAUGAACUCUUCCAUAGAGUCCAUCUACAAGAGAAAAGAUUGGGAUUCAGGUAUUAAAAAAUUACAUCAUCCUAUUAAGAGUUUAGGCAAGGUUCUGGAAGAUGCUCAGAAUUGUCUGAAAAAUGUUGAAACUGGAUUGUAUAAUUAUGGUGAAGAAACCGAGGACAUGAGAGACAACAGUUUGGAGGAUGAUGGGGCGGAGGAGCAUGAAGAAUUUGAAGAACUGAAAGGCAAGGCAAAGAAAAGUAACAAAAAGGGAAGAGUCGGAAAAAAAAAAAAGCGCUAACACUGAGUUUCAGGUCCCCUUCUAAGCCAAGGCGCUAGGUGAGUGAAGUGCUGGUCUAAGCCCCUCAGUCGUUGUAAAAGGUAGACCAGUCUGGGACCAGUUUUAAUUGCACCUUAUAAUCAUGGAUCACCGUAGACAGUCAAAUUCCAAGUAGGGUAGUCAGUGUCCUUUAGUGAAUGCCUUCCAAACAGUUUCAAGCAGCCUAAUGUUUACACAAAAGUAUUUUCUGUAGUAAGCAUUUUGUUUUCUUUUGUUAAGUAUCCCAAGCUGAAACACUGUUGUGGAUUGUUAUAUAACAGGUAAUAGAAUACUUAAGGAAAAUUCACAAAGCCAGGUCAGUUUCUACAGAAAGAGAGAAAAACACCCACUGAAGUCAGAAAACUCGGAAAUAAAAAGCAUGGUAAUUUUAUUCAAGGGUACUUCGUUAUUUUAAAGUUUUUUUUUUCUCAUUCUUUAACUUUAAGAAAAUGUUCCUAAUUUCUUUUUUAAAUAGAAGGGUUUGUGAAUUUAUUCCUUAUCAUUUAGAUAGCACUAUUUUUUUAAUUGCUUUUUUGUAAUGUGCACUUUUAUAUGAGAGAAAAUCUAUUUUAUUUUUUGUUCUUUUCAACAUAGUGUCGCUAAUCAGUGAGACAUGCUUUUUUAUUAACUACUGUGACAGACUACAAACUUGUUCUAUUUUUAUGUAAGGUUUUCGGUUGCCAAUAGUAGGUAGGUAUGCUUAAAAAUUGAAUAAAUGUUACCUGUUUGAAUUUUUUAAUUAAUUUCCUACAAAAUGCUUGUUAAGUGUCAUUUUGAUCGCUUUGUACUGCUAUAUCUGUAUUGGAAUAAUGAAGGCUGUAUAGUAUAAUUUGUCAUUAAAGUUUCAUAUCUUAUGCCAACAUGUCACACUAUAGCAUUUAUUUACUAUUUUGCUUUCACAGUAGUCAAAGCCUAUUUUUUUCAAAUGCAAGUUGCAAAAUUAUGGUCCACACAUCCACUCUUCUUGAUCUCUUGAAUCUUUAGCAGUUUGUGAAAAAACAAUGUAUAAUAUAUUUGAAUUAGUGCUGGGACGAGCACAGGAUUUUCAUGUUCGGAUAUUUUCUCAUAAUUUAAAUAUCAGUUCGCUCGUUUUAAAAAAAUAAAUAAAAGCCAUUAUAUUUCUCGGAACACAAACAGAGACAUCAUAGGGGAAGGGGUGUGUGGCCCUUGUGUGUGUGCCUUUAUUUUACAGCAAGACAUUACAAUACACACUAUUACACAUUUCGUAUGUAAAGAGUGGGAAUUUCCUCAAGAGAUCAUGAGAGAAAUUCUCAACUUAUAUCCUUUUUAAACAAAUAUUUGUCAUUCAGAGGCAGGGUGGGCAAAAGCACUAUUAAAAUAUAAAGCCAGCCCCGACCUUGUUAUAAAUAUUAGUAAAAACCGCUAUGUUUAUGAAAACAGUACUUUUUUCAAAUGCUAACAAAUACUGGAAUGGCUUUGGACUCUCAUCUAGAAUUAUAUUUAAAGACUUUUGAUGCUAUUUUUUUGGUGUUUGAUAUAUAAAAUUCUGUAAUGUUUGGUGCAAGUUUUGAAAUUUUGCUCUUAUCAUGAAAUCAUUUUUCUAAUUUUGUAACUUUUAAUAAAUACUACUUUUAAUAUUAA